UGCGAACGAACCUCCACUGUUCCAGAAGGUGAGGAUUCCAGGCUUAGGGAGGAGGUGGAGGAUUGUUUCAGGUCAGCCCCAUGGCCGCUGCACAGGAUUCAAAUGAGAUUUCCUAUUUGCUCCCUCCAAACCGUAAGGACUGGGAAGAGAAAGGCGUUCCCAACUUUGUCUACCGGCAGAAGGAACUUCUGGAAGGGAUUCAGUGGCCGAGGACCGCACCCAGCCUCCUGGACAGGACACCGAGGUCUCGCUUCGACUCUGCUCUCUGCGCUGCCUGGAGGCAGCGAAUGGAACUGGGGCUCUUCCGCUACCGCCUUGGGGAGCUGCAAACCCAGACCCUCCCUGGUGUGGUGGGUUUUGUGGCUCAGCUGAAUGUGGAGCGAGGUGUGCAGAGGAGGCGCCCCCAGAACAUCUGGAGUGUGAGGCAGGCAUUUGACCCCGAACAGUUUAACUUCAACAAGAUCCGGCCAGGAGAAGUCCUCUUCCGUUUGCUCCGGGAGCCCGAUCUCCCAGGUGCUCUCCAGCAAGAGGACAUCCUCGUCAUGAUCAAUGUCAGCCCCUUGGAGUGGGGCCAUGUGCUGCUGGUGCCCGAGCCCACCCGGGGGCUCCCCCAGCGCCUGCUGCCAGGUGCACUGCGGGCCGGCGUCGAGGCUGUGCUGCUGAGCUCACACCCGGGCUUCCGCGUCGGCUUCAAUAGCCUGGGUGGCUUGGCCUCGGUGAACCACCUGCACCUGCACGGGUAUUACCUGGCUCACAGAUUGCCUGUGGAGGGGGCACCGAGCGAGCCCCUGGACCCUGGGGGCCGUUUGCACCUGCUCCAGGCCCUCCCCGCUCCUGGCUUCCUCUUCUACACAAGUGGGCCGGGGCCUGACUUGGAAGCCCUCAUAGGCAGGGUAUGUCGGGCCACUGACUACCUGACGGACCAUGAGAUUGCCCAUAAUUUGUUUGUGACCCGGGGGGCCCCACCUGGAAAGACAUCACCAUCCUCCGCUCUCACAGGCAUCCGAGUAAUUCUGUGGGCCCGGAAGUCCAGCUUCGGAGUAAAGGAAGGCGAGGCGUUCAAUGUCGCCCUCUGUGAGCUGGCCGGGCACCUCCCCAUCAAAACGUCCCAGGAUUUUGGCAGUCUGACGGAGGCGGCUGCUCUGGCCCUCAUUCGAGACUGUCUGCUGCCCCCAGCCCAGGCAGAAGAAGUACAGGCAGCACUGGUGGCCUUGAUUUCCCAGGAUGAACAGUAAUCCUUCUAGAAGUAUGUAUUUUCUACCCGGUCUAAGUCCCUUUCCAGAAAGCUGUCCACAGUGGUAGCUUGGGGUUCCGUGGCUGCUGCCUUACCUGCCUCCACCCCAGGAGGUGGGGUAAAGAACUGUUAAGUGGUCUCUGUAAAGAGAAGAAACCUUAGAAUAAAUUGAAUGAAUGCACCGUCA